CGAUGUGUGGCUGCUGUACUGCUGCGUGUUCCGGCCGAAAGGCAAGGAGGUUUAGAAUGUAUAAACUACCCAGAUGUUGGAUAUCCAGCUAAACGGAUAACGAACAUCACUCCGGCCAAGUUGACGUCCCCACAACAAUUCGAACAUUGCGAGGUAUACUUUUUUUUGCGUCCAUCUUUCAUGCUGAAGCAACGUCGGAGCGCGUUUCUAAAUCGCAGCCCACAGUCAUCGAGAAGACAAGAUUUACAACUCGAGUCAUUCACGCGGCAUGGACUAGUGACUACAGUUUGGGAUCUCGGUUACGGCUCAACUCUUCGCGUAGAAGUGUGAACAAUUUGGAUGCAGGGUCCCCUGCGCCCCGUCUUCGUCGGCGUUCUUCUGCUGACCGUGUUCUACAUCAUCAGGACGUACGGCCCCGUGCAGACCUCUCCGCGAGAGGGCGACACCUUCAACCGUGCGGCCGCCGCGUCGAACGGCUCGCAGAGCUUGGUCGCCGACACCGAGUUCUCCCCGUUCUGGCUGACCUCCGAAGAGGAGAGUCGCACCGACUACGCCGUCUGGCGGCUCAACGCGUCCAUUCGCUGGCGUCAGACCCAUUCGUGGGCCUACACGUGCGGUGUGUUCGUGGACCAACGCGUGAGGCCCACGCUCGUCCGCUUCCUGCUGCUGGCGCCGACCGAGCAGCUGGUGCCUUCGUACGGCCGCAACGGCACCAACUACGGGAAGUACGAGUGCAUCUUCCUCAGAAGGGACGUCACGCCCGUACGAGGCACGUUCUUGGUCGAGACGCGCGGUCGCCACCCGGACGAGGCACACGUGCCGGUCUACCGGAACGGCAGCGCCAGGGUCGAGCUCUGCGUCGGCGACGACCCUCGGACCAACUGCUCGUACCUGUGGAGCACCGAGGUGGUGGCGAAGAGUGCGGCGAGCGUGCCGGUCGGUGGACUCACGAGCGCCCCCUACGAACCCGUGCUCGUCACGUGCGCGGUGCCCGAGGACGCCAGCGCUCGCCUGGUGUCUCUCGUGUACCGCCGCGAGGAGAGCGCCUUCUGGUUCGCUCCCCGCAAGCUUCACUUCGGCGUCAGGAAACAGAGAGCCUCGGUCGGCGUCUGCGUGCCGCCCUGGAUCUCCGAGGACGGCGUUGGAGCGCAGCGCGACCUGCUCGAAUACCUGGCCUACUACGCGGCGCUAGGGGCGCGCCACUUCAACGUCUACGUGAACGCGACCGACCAGCGGACGUUGGCGUUCCUCCUGGCGCUCAGGAAGCGAAGCCCGGUGAGUCUCACCUACCGUUCGUGGCCCGGCGUUUCGGCUGGCAGCAGCCUGGCUUUCGCUGAAGCUGCGCUCGUCAUGGACUGCGCCUACAGCUACGCCGACACGCCCAUCGAAUACGUCACCACAGUCGCCCUGCGAGAGUUUGUCGUCCUACGUAAGGCGUCGAGCUUCGGUGACUUUCUGUCAAAGGCGGCGUUCGCCAACGCGACCUCGUUGACGCUGCUCAGUCAGCCCUUCACCACAGAAGGAUCGUUGGGCAUGGACGACAUGUUGCUAGCACAGCGAGACAGGCUGCGCGUGCGACCCCUGCUGGAUCCACCGGGAAGAACUUCGAGAGUGUUUCUCAAGGCCACGCGCAUUGUGGAAGCCGACGCCGCCCAGGUCUACCACGCACUACAGCCCAAUCCAAUCACCGUGGACAGCGAGGAGGCGAUCGUGCUGCGGUACGUGACGGCACCGAAUGACGUCACCGGAAGGGGCGAGGGUGUCGCCUACGUUGACUUCUCCAACUACACGAACGAGGACUCGAGCCUGGCUAAGUGGCAAGCGAAGAUGUCAAGCUUGUCGCCGCUUCUGUGGUUCCGUAGGAACCCGAGGAAGAAGAAAGACUGGCGCUUAAUUCGAGACGGCACGCCCCUCUAAAUGGCAAACUAUAUAGACAGACCGUUGGGACACGCCUACAAAAUGCUCCACCCAAAUUGUUAGCGGAAGGACGCAGUUCAACGGCGGACAUUUUUAUUACCGCGGCUUGAAGACAGAAAGAAAACAGAAUACUUGGUCUUAUCAAUGACCGGAGCUUCCGAUCUCUUUUUUGUUAAGGUAUGUAUCACGACGCUACAGCUUUAGAGUGCAGUAGAGCUCGGUGCUAUCCGCUGCUGAAUCAGGCAUUGAAGUUUCGUAAAUGCAGUGAAUUCGGUCUUUUGCAGACGAGGACAACGAAAGGACUGGACCGCUUGCUCCGUGAACUGGGCAUACUUCAGUUAAUCCUUUGUCCGUAACGCACUGCGUUUACCACCAACAAAUCCAAAGAACAACAUUAUUCGAGUUUUCGUAUAUAUCAAAAACCGUGUGCGGCAUUUUACUCAUUGCGCCGAGGGAAGUCGAUUUAUUGCAUUCAUAAAAUUUGAGCUCGCCUGCACAAUGAUCCGCCCAUAAAUUCUUAUCGGAGGCAGUUCAACAACUGAUCAUUUUCAACGCGACUCCUUAAAGACAAAGAGAAGAGAAUACAAUUGCAAUGCCUGAAACACUAGAAUACUUGCAAUACUUGUAGCUUUAAUAACCAAAGCUGCCGAGAACCUCUUUAUUAAUGUGCGUGUCACAACGUUGCGGCGUUAGCGUACAGUCACAAUUUGCAGCUAUCCCCUGCCGAAUCGAGCGUUCUAUAGUUUCGUUAGAGCAUUGGCAAUACCACUUUGCAUAGAACGAGACACAAAAAGAACUAAACGACUUGCUCCGUUAACCAUGGGCACACUUCUGCUCAAUUCCUUCUUCGUUUGUCCUUGUUUGCAACGCGCUACGUUUGCCGCACUUAUCGCUCACCGACAAGCCCAAAUAGCAAGAAAUACAACGAGACAACUGUGGACGUGUCACGUGCACGCAUUUAGGGACCGGUUCACGCACGUGGAUUGAAGAAUGUCCGAUUACGUAGCCUUGCCGGGCCUUAUACGUGGUGCCGGGUUACAUGCAUGUAUAUCGAUACGGCGAGAAAAGCAAGAGUGUUUAUUUAUAGAAUAUAUGCAGUGGUACAAAGCAGCCAAGUCGAUUGCGAGCUCUUGCGGCGCUUCUACACCACCUCGUCGUCUUCGCACUAAAGGCAUCGUUGUCACGUCCAUGCGAAGGCGUCGCGUAACAACAUAAUCAAGGCCUUUAUUAACCUAGAAUUAAAGAAUAGCAAGAUUAUUAGUCAUCUCCGUACGUCGAAGGUGGAAGCGUACCGUUAAUGUUUAUCCCAUCGAUCGGGCGAAAAAAAUUCUGCAGCCUCCUCUUAGUCACUUGUAAACCGAUAAACCUAAAUGCUACCGAACUUGAAAAUGUGAGCGUUGUCACUUAUGUGACGGUUUGAAGGGUGUUUAUGUGUCACUGUAAGAGUAGUUCCGGACUUCAUUCGUGAGGCUUGUCUUGUCGUGAAAAGCGCUUCAACAAAUUACCAGAGAGUUCCAUAAAGCUAUAGAGUUUCGUGCGGCGGUUAUCGGAGGUAACUGUAACCAUUGUGAUCCACCAUGAACUGUGAAACUGUGAUUCACCGUUACGAGGGGUGCUGAAGGAGCGCGGUAAUGUUGGCGUUGUUAUAAAUAGCAGUUAACUGCGACCUCUCCUUCCUCAAUUUUAACGUCCGUGUCCAUUGUUGUGCACGGCUCCUCAGAGCCAGUUUAUCAUAAGGCCGUACAGAACUGCUUAAUCGGGUACCGAUAUCACGGCCAUUUUAUCGCGCCCAGCGCUGAUGCUCCAUACGAGUGAAACAGUACUGCAUAAACUCAAUUCAAGAUGGCUAAGCGGAGUCGCCAGAAGUCACCUUCGUUGAGCGGAAAACCACCGGCAGCAUAAAAAGUGAUAAUCAACUCUAGUACAUUGGAGAUUAUAACACACAAAAGACCAGAUUUGUGUAAUUAAAAUUAAGCGAUGAGCUACGAGAGCGCAACCUUUUUAGAGGGGCCUUGCACCCCAAAUUAUGCAGGUUGUUUUUAUUCCACGUUUGCUUGCUCCAGGACUUGGCGAUGCCUAUAGCGCCAGUAGGAACGCUGAAAUUUGAGUCGUUUGAUAUUUUAAUUUGCUUCUGAGGUUGGUUUCCGCGCCGACCACAGUGUCAUACAUUAACCCUUUUGGGCAGCGGGACUGACGCAAAGCAAGUGGCUUAUGCUGUUCGAUUUGAUUGCUUAGGUACGAAGAAUAUGUUGUGCGUGUUUAUGCUAUACAUACAGUUAUACGACUUCAAAAAUAAAGAUACACCGACGACUACGAUACUCCCUAAAGCGAAAUUUGAGGGCAGCUCUGUACGUGUUUUCGUUUCGCGAUAUAUUGGCUGGCGCGGACAAUAUGUCUCGCGCGGUACGUUCCAAACGGUGCGAGGUGCGGCGCGACUGCCGCGCUAAACUCGAGAUCGCGAGAGGCAGCGCGUGGCUGACGCUUGGGCGCGAUUCGCAGCAGCCGCCGCAGACAGACCUCCGCUCAUGCAGCGCUUUGGUGAACAGAUGACGCGUAGAGUGCCUC